AUCUGUUCAGGUUGCUGAAGUCUUUCUUUGUUGCCUAUUUGCUGUUGUUUCGGAGGUAACUUUUCAUGUUCGGGUGUAAUUUCCAUUACUGCGUCUAGUGAGAGCCACUCUGAUCCCUUAUCUACCUUACUGAAAGUUUGCGAUUCAGUGUAUGAAAAAUUGCUCUCGUUACUCGUAGCUCGGCUUGUCAUUGAAGCGGAGUGGUCUUCAUAAUUUCAUACACUUCAAUCUACUUCUUCACCUCAGUUUCAUCUCUCCAAUCCAGAUCUCGUAGUUCCCUUUAUUACCCUGCGAAAUGUCCUUUCCGUCCUACAAUUGGGAACGCUUUUCCUGUUUCCUCUAAAUGUGUCAAGUUGUUCUUGCCUCUUGUUUGGUGUGCUUUCAGUUUUUUGUCGGUGAUACCCGGUGUCGGUGCUGCGUCAAUGAUUUCAUCUAAGUAAUUCUCAGUGUUCGUAGAUGGUAACACAAUUUUAAUGUGCUCAUUGAAAGAACUGAUUAUAGUCAAAGAGGAACUGGAUGGCUUUGAAUGAGUCUCAAAGUCUAAAGUAAAGCCUACAAAAGCAUCCUGAUUGACCUCAGCUGGCACAAUACACCAACGACAUAGCACGGAUUUACAGUCCUGAAUUCAGACAACACUACAGGACAGCUAGGGAACUGGGUAGGAGACAAGGCAUCAAUUAAGAAGAACUGGGGUAUACGAAAUGUUAAACGAAGGCCCGAGUUGCUACAUCAAUCAGCAACUCGGUAGCACAACGCAUCAUGCCAUCCAACGCUGUAACAUUGACAUUAUACUAUAUACUGCGAAACAGACAGCACUACCCAAACAGACUUUGCGGCAAUUGAAGGGUCUACAGAAACAGUUGCGUGAUAUGGAAUUGCAAGAACAGCGUCGGGAGACAUAAUUUAAUUUAGCACUCUUGUUCACACCACAAUAGUAUGGAGGACUGGGACUGCAGAUUAUAAGCGCAGCAAUUCGAGUGACCAGAGCAAAUCCGGCGGAAAGAUGGAUAAAUGCACCUCGCGACACAUACGCAGCGGGACAUCCACGCGGUACAUCCAAAUAGAAGGACAAGUGAGAACUGUUGUUUGUUAUUAUAGUCAUCCAGCUUCGAGACGAUCACAGAAAGCUUGAGAGGGAGGAAGAGACUCAGCGCAAACAUUAGGUAGAGCAAUAUUGUGGUGGGCACACUCUGAAAAAUUUAUCUCAAUUGAGAAAUAACAGGGAGCAAUAAAGCAGCGCCAACAACAAGGAUCGGUUAUCAGCUCAGGCUAUUGGAUUGACGCGCUGCAAAUGAGAUUCGUCGCAUCAAAGUCGUCGCACUGUUUUCU